AGUAGAGUCUUGACGCCGCCGGGCAAGACGAUUCCCCGUCCCCUUUCUUCAUUCCCUCUUCCGUUGCCGGUGCGUCCGCGUCCUGUCUCUCCCGGCCAGCGAUCGGGAGGGGCGAGGGAUGGCCUCCCGUCCCCCCAACUCCGCCGACGGCGAGGGCCCCGCAGGGAAUAACGUGGAAUUGCCAUCCCUGCCCUUUCAUGUUGUUACUAAACCUAGUCAACUCCCAGUUGAGUUUCUUGAGCCCUCUGCUGCCAAGAAAUUGGUGAUUGGAUUUGACUGUGAAGGUGUUGACCUUUGCCGCCAUGGUGCUCUCUGUAUCAUGCAGAUUGCAUUUCCUGACGCUGUUUACUUGGUCGAUGCUAUUGAGGGUGGAAAAGAACUAGUUGAAGCUUGCAAACCAGCACUUGAGUCCAAUCAUAUCACCAAAGUUAUUCAUGACUGUAAAAGGGACAGUGAGGCAUUGUAUUUCCAGUUUGGCAUUAAAUUACAUAAUGUGAUGGAUACACAGAUAGCCUAUUCCCUGAUUGAAGAGCAGGAAGGUAAAAAGAGAGCAUAUGAUGUUUACAUAUCCUUCGUGAGCCUUCUUGCCGAUCCUCGUUAUUGUGGAAUGCCAUAUCCUGAAAAGGAAGAAGUCCGUACCCUUCUAAGGCAGGACCCAAAUUUCUGGAAAAAUAGGCCCUUGUCUGAAAUGAUGAUUCGAGCAGCGACAGAUGAUGUGCGCUUCCUUCUCAAUAUACAUGAGAAAAUGAUGGAGAAGUUAAGCAAAGUAUCUUCAUGGCGUCUGGCAGUACGAAGUGAGCUAUACUGUAGGUGCUUUUGCAUAAAUGACAACCAGCAGGCAGAUUGGCCGCCUCUUCCAACUGUCCCUGAUGACAUUGAAGCUGAAGCUCGUGUUCCUGAAGUGGAUAUCCUUUCGCUCUUAGAUGUGCCUCCUGGAAAAAUGGGUCGUGUUAUUGGCAGAAAAGGAUCAUCAAUAAUGGCUGUGAAAGAAUCUUGCAAUGUUGAAAUCCAUAUCGGUGGUGCAAAGGGACCUCCAGAUAGGGUGUUCAUCAUUGGACCAGUGAAGGAAGUCAGAAAGGCGGAGGCCAUCCUGAGGGGCCGAAUGCUGUAAUUCUAGAGAAACGACUUCUUGAUAUAGACUUGAACUGCCAUAUCUUUUGAACACAAGGGAUACAGAAAUGCAUGUGGAUCGCUGAUCCGUGACAACAAUAAAAAUAAGAGUUGGAUUGGAGGCAGCUUCCCGUAUUUUUAACUUAA